AGGUGUUUUUGAUGCUUUUGCAAGAUUCCAGCAAGAAAUCUCACGUUGCCCUGGGGACUGAGUCAGAGCUGCAGAACCACAGGCCUGCAGGACAUCUGCCUGGCUACUGCGGCUCCCCAGCACGGCCGGCACCUGUGCGGGGCCUCCCUCUGCUCCGUGCACAAGUGGCGGCGAUCCUGGCCUGGAGGCUCCGCCACACGCUGCGCGCCGGGAAGAGCACCCUCGCCGACCUGCUGCUGCCAGUCCUCUUCGUGGCCUUGGCCAUGGGCUUGUUCAUGGUGAGACCCCUGGCCACCGAGUACCCUCCCCUCAGACUCACACCUGGACAUUACCAGCGGGCCGAGACCUACUUUUUCAGCAGCAGUGGAGGCGACGACUUGGACCUCACCCGUGUUCUUCUGCGAAAGUUUAGAGAUCAAGAUCUGCCCUGUGCAGAUGUAAACCCAGACCAGAUGAAUUCUUCAUGCUGGCACACACAUCCCUUUUCUCACCCAGAAUUCCAGGAUUCAUGUGGCUGCCUGAAGUGUCCGAAUAGAAGUUCCGGUGCUCCCUACCUGACCAACCACCUGGGCCACACACUGUUGAAUCUCUCAGGCUUCAAUAUGGAGGAGUACUUGCUGGCACCAUCUGAAAAACCAAGGCUUGGAGGUUGGUCUUUUGGAGUACAAAUCCCCAGUGAAGCUGGAGGUGCAAAUGCAAACAUAUCAAAAACCCAAACUCUGGCAAAGGUGUGGUAUAAUCAGAAGGGUUUUCAUUCCCUACCUUCCUACUUAAAUCAUCUAAACAACCUUAUUUUGUGGCAGCACCUACCCCCUACUGUGGACUGGCGACAAUACGGAAUAACACUCUACAGCCACCCAUAUGGAGGGGCCUUGCUGAAUGAGGACAGGAUCCUGGAGAGCAUCCGUCAGUGUGGAGUGGCCCUCUGCAUCGUGCUGGGAUUCUCCAUCCUGUCUGCAUCCGUCGGCAGCUCCGUGGUGAGGGACAGAGUGAUUGGAGCCAAAAGGUUGCAGCACAUAAGUGGCCUUGGCUACAGAAUGUACUGGUUCACAAACUUCCUAUAUGACAUGCUCUUUUACUUGGUUUCCGUCUGCCUGUGUGUUGCUGUUAUUGUCGCCUUCCAGUUAACAGCUUUUACUUUCCGCGAAAACUUGGCAGCCACGGCCCUCCUGCUGUCACUUUUCGGAUAUGCAACUCUUCCGUGGAUGUACCUGAUGUCCAGAAUCUUCUCCAGUUCAGACGUGGCUUUCAUUUCCUAUGUCUCACUAAACUUCAUCUUUGGCCUUUGUACCAUGCUCAUUACCGUCAUGCCCCGGUUGCUAGCCAUCAUCUCCAAAGCUAAGAAUUUACGAAAUAUCUAUGAUGUCCUCAAGUGGGUCUUUACUAUUUUUCCUCAAUUCUGCCUUGGUCAAGGACUGAUAGAACUCUGCUAUAAUCAGAUCAAAUAUGACCUGACCCACAGCUUCGGCAUUGAUUCCUAUGUGAGUCCCUUUAAGAUGGACUUUCUGGGCUGGAUCUUUGUGGAACUGGCCACGCAGGGCACAAUACUUCUCCUCUUGAGAGUUCUGCUACACUGGGACCUUCUGCAAUGGCCAAGGGGUCAAUCUACUCUCCAAGGCAUAGUCAAAUCUUCCAAGGAUAUAGAUGUUGAAAAAGAGGAAAUGAGGGUGUUUGAAGGAAGGACCAGUGGAGACAUUCUUGUGUUAUACAACCUUAGUAAACACUAUCGACGCUCUUUCCAGAAGAUUAUUGCUGUGCAAGAUAUUAGUUUGGGCAUACCAAAAGGAGAGUGCUUUGGACUUCUAGGGGUGAAUGGAGCUGGGAAGAGCACGACUUUCAAAAUGCUGAAUGGUGAAGUUUCUCCAACUUCAGGACAUGCUAUCAUCAGGACUCCCAUGGGGGACGCUGUGGACCUGUCUUCUGCUGGUGCUGCAGGCGUGCUCAUUGGCUACUGUCCCCAGCAGGAUGCCCUGGACGAGCUUCUGACUGGUUGGGAACAUCUCCAUUAUUACUGUAGCUUACGCGGGAUUCCAAGGCAGUGCAUCCCUGAGGUUGCUGGAGAUCUCAUCAGGCGCUUACACCUCGAAGCCCAUGCGGACAAACCUGUGGGCACCUACAGUGGGGGAACCAAGCGGAAACUCUCUACAGCCCUGGCCCUGCUGGGGAAACCUGACAUUCUUUUAUUGGAUGAACCCAGCUCUGGGAUGGAUCCCUGCUCUAAGCGGUACCUAUGGCAAACAAUAAUGAAGGAGGUUCGGGAAGGCUGUGCUGCAGUGCUGACCUCCCACAGCAUGGAGGAAUGUGAGGCUCUUUGCACAAGACUGGCCAUAAUGGUCAACGGCAGCUUCAAAUGUCUUGGUUCUCCUCAGCACAUCAAAAAUAGGUUUGGUGAUGGUUAUACAGUCAAAGUUUGGCUCUGUAAGGAAGCAAAUCAACAUUGCACUGUUUCUGAUCACUUGAAGCUUUAUUUUCCAGGAAUUCAGUUCAAGGGACAGCACCUGAAUUUGUUAGAAUAUCAUGUGCCAAAAAGAUGGGGAUGCCUAGCUGACUUGUUCAAAGUUAUAGAGAACAAUAAAACCUUCUUGAAUAUUAAGCAUUAUACCAUUAACCAAACCACUUUGGAGCAGGUAUUUAUUAAUUUUGCUUCCGAGCAGCAGCAAACUCUACAAUCUACUCUUGAUCCAUCCACUGACAGUCACCACACACAUCACUUGCCUGUCUGAUCACUAAAGGAGUUUCCGUAAGGAAUAAAACCUUGUCUUUCAUUACAAUUAACAGUCAAGGAUAAAACAAGCACGCGCACAACCAAGGAGCUGGGGCACACUCUCCAGGCAGUCAGAUCACAUUCUCUUGUUCAUUUUCUAUUUUGAAUCUCCUUGUUAGCUAAUAACCACCAAAUGGAAAGGUUGUUCUUUCUGCAGACUUUUGGGGCGCUCCUCCAAGUCAUUUGUUCUUUUUACCAUGCCAGAUGGACACCAGCUUCUUUGUGACAAAGGCAUGAAUGAUUUGACAGUGUCCAAACUGAGACAUUCUGGAGCUGGAAAGGCUGUCACAGAUUGUCCACUCUAAACAUGUCACUUUUCUGUUAAGAAAACUGAGCCCCCCUACAUGUU